AGGAAAAAUAAAACGACCGGAGGACCGGAGGAGCGAGGAAGACGGAUGAGACAAACUGAAUGUGCAUCUCUGCUCCGUUCUCCCCGGCCUGCCUGGACAGAGUGAUGGCCGAUAACAGCACUCAUCCUAUUCUGGAAAUACUUCAGUCCUUCAGCACAAAGGAUGUGAUCCUGGCGUUCUGUCUUUCCAUGGUAGUUGGACUACUACUGGGUGCUUUGGUUUAUGUGGUGCUCACCUGGAUGGCGCGCCGUCGUGCCACUGCCACCAUCACCCGCCUGCCCUCACCUCGCUCCUCCGGCCGGCCAGCAUCCCCUCAUACUCGGCCCGUCUUCAGCCGCCACAGCAGUAGCUAUGACCGCCGCAGCAACAACAGCCUGGCCAAUUCCGCCUUCUCUUUCCAUCGGCAGACCUCAACUUCUCCCGACCAAGCUGAUCUGCUGGGUCGAAAAGACAGCUUUAGAGUCUCCACCUUCCACCCUCUGCUCCAGUGCAGCCAGAUCGCCCGUGAAGCCGAAGAGGGCAAUCAUGCCACCCUGUCCAGCAGCCCAGGAGCCACUGGGAGGAACAGCAUAAGCAGCAGCAUGGUCACUCCUCCAAGGCCCAGGCCCAGACCUGACUCCUUCUGGGGGAACAAUAAUCUGCGGGAAUUCAGUACCGGACAGACCCCACCACCACCCUAUAACAGCAUCAUUCGGGCCUAUCAGGAGACCUGCACUUAAGGGAUAAGGAUAAACGAAGAAGCGUGGUGUGGAAAUGGACAUAAACCUUAACAUGGGCAAGGGCUUAAUGAUCCUUCAUGGGAAAGAAUGAUAACGUUAAAGGACGUUUGAUGUUUAAAUGGUAGUAACUUUAAAAAAUAUUUAGUUAUUAUAUUUGUUAUUGUUUUUGCUGUAUAUGGGCAUAAAACAGAACUAAUCAGUGAUUAGUGCCACUUUAACUGGACCAGCUACUAUUACAGAUACAUAACAUGUCUUUUUACGUAUAACAAGAACAGACAGAUAA